CAAAUAUACUCAAGUUCAACUGCUACCUCAAAGAUGACUGCCCAACAAGACGUGGAUGAAGCGAUCAAAACUCAUCCUAUAGUAGUUUACUCCAAGUCCUACUGCCCUUAUUGCCGACGCGCCAAAAACCUUCUGGCUUCGAUUCCGAAUAAGGUUGCCGACCCCAAAGUUUUCGAACUCGACCUGAUGGGUCAGGAAGGGACUGAAACGCAGGCGUAUCUUUUGAAAUUGACCGGUCAAGGAACUGUUCCUAACAUUUUCAUUGGACAUAAACAUAUUGGUGGGGCGGACGAUCUGGCAAGUUUACAUGCUAUGGGUGGUUUGGAACCACUUUUGAAAGAACCCCUUUCCCAUUCGCCUGAUCGUCUGGCCGGUGGCGUGGCUAUCUUUGUCUUGCUCGGUGCUUUGGCGUGGUUCGGACGGCGAUACUUUCAAAGCAGAACUCAGACUUUGGCUAAGGAGAAGCUAUAAUUUAUGCUGGCAACGAUUUAUGUGUUGUGGCAUGCAGCACUAUCAUAUCACACAGCUCUGUAAUUCCGCCAGUGAUUGAAAAAGCUUUCGGACUGAGUUACCAUACAGACC